AUGGCUGCAGCAGCAAUCACCCAUUCGCUGCCUGAAGAUGUUGUGGUGGAUAUUCUGGCAAGAUUACCUGUCAAAUCUCUAAAGCGAUUUAGGUGUGUUGUGUUGGUGGUGUUCUUUUGUGGAACAUUGGGACUAAGGAAUUUAAAAUUCUCCCCAUGCGUCCCUUUUGAGUAUCCGCCAAGCUAUAAAAAUUGUAUUGAAGUAGCUGGUCUGGGUUAUGAUUCGAAGAGAGAUGAGUAUAAAGUAAUUAGGAUUGACACAUUUUGGGACGGAAAUUUCAAAUAUAACGACCUCAGCGCUCCCCGAGGUAAGCGAGUUGCUUUGUACAACUUGACUACUGAUUCUUGGAGAAAGUUCAAUGACAACUUGAAUGUUGAUUUCUUCUAUGUUUCUACGAACAAUCAAGUCUACUCCAACGGAUUUUAUCACUGUUGGGCAAUUGUUGAUAAUGAAGAUUUGCUCCUUUCAUUUGACAUGAGUAAUGAAGUUUUCGUUGCAACACCUUUUCCUGAUGGGGGUUUGGGUAAGAGCUGUAGAACAACAUACUAUCUUACCUAUUUAAUGGAAAUCAACGGAUCACUUGGUGGGUUUCUUUGUCAUGAUUAUCGUGUGAGAAAUAAAUGCUAUGAUGUAUGGGUGUUGGGUGAACUAGGUCUAAAGAACUCUUGGACAAAAUUAUUCACCAUUGAACCUAUUCCUUAUGUGCAUAUACCAUUAGGAGUCGGUAGCAAUGGUGAAAUCUUCUUUGAGAAUGAAGAAGGCGACUUUCUGGCCUGGCAUCAUCCAAAUAACCAAGAGAUAAAGACACUCCAAUUUGAAGGGUGUGCAUUUGCGUUAGCAAUGUAUGCAGAGAGCCUAGUUUCUCUGCAUGGAGGAACUACAUUCAACCAUUAG